AUGGCGACUAAGGUUGUUUCACAAUCUUCUCUGCUCAUCUACCUGCACACGCACAAGAAGAAGCUGAUUGUUAUCCACUUCUAUUCACACACAAGUGUGAAGAAGGGGGAAGUGGAGAAGAUGGAGAGGAGAAUUGUUGAGAAAAUCAGGCGGGUUCAGUGGCGUCUUGCUUCAAGGGAAGAGGGGUCCGGCCACCCCUACCUGAGAUACAGAGCACUCAUCAUGUGA